AUGGAAGAGACAUCGCAAAGACCUGCUCUAAGUGAAGAUGAAGUGUCUCAAAUUAUCCUCCGGAGACUCAAAUCGGACAAAUUUAUUAUUGUGAGUUUCACUCUUGACAUGAUGGGAGAAUGGAUUGGAUUGUGUGGUGACCAUGCGAUCUUAAACGUCAAUAUAAAACCUGGCGAUGAACUGAAAACUUCCGAGACACGUUUCACUUUUUUCGUAAAAUUGUACCCUCGAGUGCCCUCCAUUGUUGAGUUCAUCGAGGGGACUGGUGCUUUCAAAAAAGAGAUCUUCAUGUACAAACUCUUCGCUCUAAUGGAAGAUGAAGCAAUUAGAACUUUAGAAGACUGCAUCCCUCGGUGUUAUCUCACUUCGGAAAAAUACAUCGUGAUGGAAAAUUUGAUGAAAACCGGUUAUCGAAGCUUGAACAAACAUGAAUUUUUCGAUUGGGAUUCGGUUAAAGUCGCUUUGGAAGCUCUAGCAAGACUCCAUGCUUCGAGUCUGAUUUACGAAGAGAAAAAAUCGUGUCGAUUGAUCGAUAUUUAUGGCAGAGAAUUUGAAGAAAGUUACUACAACGACCGUGAAGAUUUCCCCUUGAAGAGAGAAAUCGGGGCUGCAAUUACCGGUGUUUUAAACUCAAUCAAACUCUUCAAUUUCCCAGAGAAACUCAUUUCGGGUAAGGAUUUUCGCACAGUUCUCUCCCAAGUGUGUCCCCGAGUCUACGACCUGGUGAAACCUUCGAAAAAAUUCCGCAAUGUUGUGUGUCACGGCGAUAUUUGGGCCACGAAUGUUGUUAUCAAACAUGACGAAGAUAAUAAACCUGUCAAAGGGAGAUUAGUUGAUUUUCAAUGUGCGAGAUACGCGCCCCCUGCACAAGAUAUUAUGUCAUUGAUACAUUUAACAACUUCGAGGGAGUUUCGGAAGAGAUUUAUGUAUAAUUUGAUUGGGAUUUAUUACACCGAUUUGGAGAAACACGUGACACUUGGAGGGUACGAUAUGAAGAAGAUUAUUCCGUUCGAGGAGUUUUUAGCGAGUUGUGAGGAACAGAAACUUUUCGGAAUGAUCCAAGCCGCGACGUAUUUUCCCCUAAUUUUGCUAGAAAGUCAGACAGUGAAGGAAUUUUUCGGGGAUGAAGAGAAAAAUAAAGAAGCUUUGUUCGAGGAUCGAAGUAUCCUAAUUAGGGAAUAUAUGGACAAGGAUGAAAAUUAUAAAAAUAGGAUUCGGGACUCUAUUCUGGACCUUAAGGAUUAUUGUGAUUAUUUGUAAUAAAUUUAUUUUGACAAUUA